CUGAUUUUUUUUCCUUCUUUCUUCUUCCUCAGCUGCGCGUUCUGCUCUUCUUUUUCUCCCCUGCACCGAACAAGAAACCCAGCCAAGCCCGACAACACCCUUUGAGAAACAGUAAAAAGCUCGAUCUUUUUCCCUUCUUUUCUUGUUCAAGAACAAGAUUUAAAACUUAGAAAUCUUCCCCUCUGCAGAAAUUUCCAGAUCUGCUCUGCUCUACUCUAUUCCUUCCGUUUGCUGCUCUGCUAUGUGUGUGGGUGUGAAUUUUCCAAAAUUUCGAUCCCUUGAAAUUCUCCUUCAUUCCCGUCAGCUUCCCCCAAACUGCAGUUUCGAUUUUGCUUGCUGAAAUUCUGGUUCUUGAUUGUUCUGUCACCCUAGCACUUGGAGUGAGUUUUCUGUGUUAUGUGACUGAGGUAAGUAAAAGUAUGGUAAUGCCUUUGGAUUUAAGAUAAAGGUUUUUGAAAGCAUAUUUUUGAUGGUUUUUGAAAUGGUGACGGGACUAAACAUGUUUUACACAAACAUGAGCAUGAUUGGUUUCAAAUGAAAUUAUUAUCAUUUUCACUGAGUUAAGCAUGCUUACUUGGAGUUUACUUAACUGCCCUGAUGAUCUGAAAAUUAUUUAUAAAUUAUGAUUUUUCUGUUAAAUUUUGCCUGGUUUUGUCUCUAAUAUAGUCAUGAUUACUGACGCUUGCUAGUAGGAGUUUGCAAAUGCUAGUACAUGUCGACAUGUAUAUCGAUAGGACCGGUUCAUUUUGUAAUCCUAUCAAUGGGAUAAUACAUUGGUUAUUACUGACACCUGCCAGUGGGAGUUUGUUAAACACUGGCCAUGACUUAUAGAUGAGACUACUACUAAAUCUUAUUCUGCAUUAACGGUUCAUCAUUGAACGCUUUGUUAUGUUAAAUUGUUUAUCAGACAUGCUUAAAUUUUACUUGUGAGCUAUCCAUAUUUUUACUUACUGAGAUAUUUUAUCUCAUAGUUUUCCUUGUUCAUCAUUUCAGGUAGUGAGAUUCGAGGCACGGUUAACCAGGGGGAGUGACGAGCUAGAAGGCUAGUCAAUAUUUUGGACUUAGAUCCUUUUUGGGAUUAGGCCGUUAGCCACACAUGCUUGUCAUAGAUAUGAAAUGAUAAAUCAAUCGGUUUUUUUUUUUUUUUUUUGUAUAUUGAGUUUUCCUUGGUUAUAGUCAUGACUGUUUUAUAAACUUUUGUACAUCUGGAUUAGUAAAUUUUUGGUAAUUGA